AUGAAUCCGGCGGAGUACGACCAGGACAAAAAAAUACACGAUCUUCGUCGUGAGGUGAACCCGGUGACCAGCGCGGGACGUGUGUCGUGGUACACCUUCUGGUGGCUGAAAAAUCUGUUCCAAACCGGACUGAAGCGGCCCAUCGAUGAGACCGACAUCUACGACACACUGUCCGCACACCAGAGCGCCCAGCUAUCCUAUCUGUUCGAAAGUCAAUGGAAGGCAGAGCAGAAGCGAACAGAUAAUCCGAGCUUCCUGCGCGUCAUUUGUAGGAUCUACUGGAGCGCUAUUUUAGGCUAUGGAUCGAUGUACACGCUGGUGGAUUUGCUGGCCAGGAUUCUACAACCACAAUGCCUCGGUGGACUGGUGUCCUAUUUUGCACCGGAACAGCGCGAUAUUAGCAAAGAGGAAGCCUAUUACUAUGCGGCCGGCAUCAUUCUAUGUUCGCUCGUCCCGGUGGCCAUCUUUCAUCACUUCAUCCUGUACAUUUUCCAGAUAGGCAUGAAGAUUCGCGUCGCAUGCUGCUCGCUGCUGUACAAAAAGGCGCUUCGAAUAACGAAAGCUGCCGGGACGGAUGGGAUGACGGGACAGGUCAUCAAUCUGAUGUCGAACGAUGUGGCCAAAUUCGACACCGCGACCGGAUUCGUGCACGACAUCUGGAAGGGGCUGAUUGAGCUGCUCGUCCUCGGCUACUUUAUUUACCAGCAGAUUGGCGUGGCGGGUCUGUUUGGCAUUGCUUUUUUGCUUAGCUUCAUUCCACUUCAGGCUUGGCUCGGUAAGCGAGCUGCACUGUAUCGCCUGAAAACUGCCAAUCGAACGGACCGACGCAUACAAUUUAUGAAUGAGAUCAUACAGGGCAUUCAGGUGAUUAAAAUGUACGCCUGGGAGGACAGCUUCAGCAGGAUGGUAGACCGCAUCCGGCGGAAGGAGGUGAACGGCAUCCGUGGUACGCUGUUCAUUCGCGCCGGACUGCUAUCGUUUAAUCUAGUUUCCCGGAUAGCGAUAUUUCUGAGUCUGGUCGCGUACGUCCUGUACGGAAAUGUCUUCACCGCCAAGAAGGUGUUCAUCGUGACGUCCUACUUUAACUGGCUGUACAGCUCGAUGCUCCACUUUUGGCCCCUGGCGCUGACAUCCGUCCACGAGGGACUGGUGUCGAUAAGACGCAUUCAGGACUUUCUGCUGUUGGAGGAGAAAAAAUUCAAACCGAUCCGAACCACUGGAAAUGCCACGACCGUACAAGAAACGGCCAUAGACGAGAGUGCGCGUAGGCUGCUUGCCAAUGGGAACGGUGUUGAGAAGGAUGAGAAGGAUUCAAAACCGGACCCACCGGCACAGGCCGGAAGUCGCGCCAAAGGUGAACCGAAGAGUAAGCGUUUCAUCAACCGAAAAGCCAUCACUCGCCAAGGCAUUUUUAUGCGGAAUGGGACGGCCGCCUGGGAGAAGGUGGCCUCGGAUGCUGCACUCGAAGGAGAAGUAAGAGUGAAUGGAAUCAGAAAUAUUACGCUAGCGAUAGAAAAGGCUAACCUGUGCGUUAUUGUGGGCUCAGUGGGAAGCGGCAAGUCGACCAUGCUGCAGGUCAUUCUAGGCGAGCUGGAACUAGAUGAAGGUCGGCUGGAAAUCAAUGGCAACGUUAGCUACGCCCCACAGGAGCCGUGGUUGUUCGAGGGCACGGUGAAAAACAACAUUGUCUUCACGGAGGACUACCAAGAGAAACGGUACCGGGAGGUGGUGAAGGUUUGCGCUCUGGAGAGAGAUUUCCGACUGCUACCGAAUGGAGAUCAAACGAUCGUCGGGGAAAGAGGCAUCAGUUUAAGUGGUGGCCAGCGGGCUCGCAUCAGCCUAGCGAGAGCCGUUUAUCGGCGUGCGGAUAUCUAUCUCCUCGACGAUCCCCUUUCCGCCGUCGAUACCCACGUUGGGAAACACAUCUUUGAAGAGUGCAUUAUGAAGUACUUAAAGGAAAAAGUUUGCGUGCUGGUAACGCACCAGCUUCAAUAUCUACAGGACAUCGAACAUAUCGUGCUCAUGCACGCGGGGAAGGCGGAGGCGCAGGGUUCAUUCCGCACGCUGGCAGAAUCGGGUCGGUUUACCAUGCUGAAUCAGCACCGCCAGCAGCCACGACAUGACAACGGGUGCGAACCGGGACGGGAGGACGACGCAUCGGUAAAUGACCCGUCGCCUGGCGAUUCGACGUCGCACCCGGACGUCGACGGCCGAACCCCGGCCAAGGAUAAUAGGCGUCCGCCAAACGGCGCUGAUAGUGUCGAGCACAACGGGAUUGACUGCGAUUCCAUCGUACCGAGCCAUGAUAGCGCCGGCAAAGUCGAGGCCUAUCGAUUGGCGGAUAUGAUGGGCAGCCGGAGACUGUCGGUUCACCCGACGCCAGCACAACAUCAGCCAGCCCAUCAGCAACACCAAUCGCUCUAUCAGCCAUCCCCGUUCUCCUCGAGCAGCAUGGUCUUCGAUGGGUAUGAUGACCGCGAAGAGCGCCGUGGUGCCAAAAAGAAGAGCGCAUCACCAGGAGACCAAAACCAACCUCAAAAAGAGGCUCAAAUAGCCGGUCGGAUCGGGUGGAGCGUGUACAAGAGCUUCUUCCAGGCGGUGGAAAGUAACUUUCUUCUGGCGCUGGCAGUGGUUCUUUUUCUGCUAGCUCAGGCUAGCAUGAGCGGUAUCGAUUACUAUAUCUCCCAGUGGGUAAACUGGGAAGAAUACUCGAGCGCUCUUCAGAACCAUUUGAAAGGCAAUCACACCACAGCCCAGGAAAUGGGUGACAUCAGCACCAAUGGCACCAACUACAGCUCCAUCCUGAAGAUUCCAACAAAGCUGGAGGGCAGCAUUUUCACCCGAUUGUCCCGAGAGCAGUGCAUCGUGAUGUAUGCGACUGCGAUGCUGUGUAUGUUUGUGCUCUCCCUGAGUCGAUCCUUCCUGUUUUUCUACAUUUGCCUGCGGGCCACCAUCCGUUUGCACGAUCGUCUCUUCCGUGGUAUUACCCGAGCGACGAUGUUCUUCUUUAACACGAACCCAUCCGGGAGGAUACUGAAUCGGUUUUCGCGUGAUAUUGGUUGCAUCGAUACGUUUCUUCCGUUUGCGAUGAUGGAUUGCAUUUUGUUCUUUGUGGAGUUUUCUGCCAUUGUAGUUCUAGUGGCUGUUGUGAACUAUUGGCUGCUGUUCCCGACGCUAGUAAUGGCCAUCGUGUUCUACUUCUUACGCCAUGUAUACACCAACACCGCAAGAAGCAUCAAAAGGGUAGAAGCGUCGACAAGAAGUCCCAUCUUCUCCCAUGCCAACGCUUCGUUUCAGGGUCUGAGUACGAUUCGUGCCUUCGGAGUAGAGAAAAUUCUGGCAGAUGAGUUCGAUAAACAUCAAGAUCUUAACACUUCGGCCUGGUAUCUGUUCUUGGCAACGACACGCGCAUUCGCCCAGUGGCUGGAGCUUGUGUGCGUCCUUUACAUAGCCGUGGUUACGCUGAGUUUUCUGACGGUGGAAAGUUCGAUGAGUGGUAACGUCGGAUUGGCCAUCACGCAAGUGUUCAACUUGAUCUUCAUGUGCCAAUGGGGCAUGCGGCAGACAGCGGAACUAGAAAACCAAAUGACAUCCGUGGAACGCGUCGUCGAAUACGCCGAGGUCGAUCCGGAACCCGCACUUGUCUCGAUUGGGAAGCAUAAACCGCCUCCCGAGUGGCCCGCCAAUGGGGCGAUACGCUUCGAACACUUUUCACUGCGGUACUCGUCGAAAGCGGAUGCAGUUCUACGAGACAUCAAUCUGUCGAUUAAAGCAGGUGAAAAGAUAGGAAUUGUGGGACGAACAGGAGCUGGCAAGUCGUCCAUCAUUCAGGCGCUUUUCCGUCUUGCGGUGAACGAGGGGAUAAUACACAUCGAUGGGGUGGACAUCGGUACGCUUGGGCUGCACGAUCUACGUAAGCGAAUCUCAAUCAUCCCACAGGAUCCAAUUCUGUUCUCUGGAACGGUACGGGAGAAUCUCGAUCCUUUCAAGCAGCACCAGGACGAUACUUUGUGGAAGGCUUUAGAGAGUGUCGAGCUGAAGGAAGCGGUGAAGACAAUGGACGGAGCGCUAGAUGGUAAAAUGUCCGACGGUGGGUCGAACUUUAGUAUGGGCCAGCGUCAGCUAGUUUGUCUGGCCCGGGCCAUCCUACGCAACAAUCGCAUACUGAUACUCGAUGAAGCGACCGCCAAUGUUGAUCCGGAAACUGAUAAACUGAUUCAGCGCACAAUACGAGAGCAGUUUCAGCAUUGCACUGUCCUGACAAUAGCCCAUCGUCUGCAUACGGUAAUGGAUAGCGAUCGAGUGUUGGUGAUGGACGCCGGAAAAGCUCUAGAAUAUGGUCAUCCACACGAGCUGCUGCAACGUAACGAUGGUGCUCUUAAGCGUUUGGUAAAUCAAACGGAAUCGUCUACAGCUCAGCAGCUUGCUAACAUAGCACAAGACAGCUACAAUAAUCACCGAUUAAUGCAAGUGACGUCAACUCCUGACCAAAAUACCAGCAUUGCCGAAUGAUCCACAUGCCUUGGACUGCAUUCGAUAAGAUUUCGAUUGGAUUCUUCGCCCAAAGUGCUCGUUACAAUGUCGCAUACUGCCACAGCAUGUAAAAUUAAU